CUUUUGACGUUUGUAGUUUUCUUCCCGUUCGCAACUCAGUCGCGUUUCCUUGCUCGCGUGUGAAAGAAAGCAAUUUUCACGGAAUUUCCAAAGCCUGUAUCCGCUGAAAGCAGCACGAUUCGCCUUCCUGUGGCCUGCGGUUGCGGGAUUCGCGCACUCCGGAACGAUCUCUAGACUACCAGCUACCCCGAUCUGGUGUCGCUGCUGCUGACAUUGCGAAUUCAUCCUGCUUUCCUGCCUCUCUUCACCUUCAGGGUGGUGCGGCGGCGUUUUGUGUUGCAGUUUUUUUUUCUCUUCUUUUUUUCUGUAACUUCCCGGAAGAUUACCGUCGAGCAACUUACGGGCAGAAAAGCGGCCACAGUCCGUUGCAUGCCUGUUUAACGGGGGUUUCCGUCGUAUUUUUUUAUUUUUCUUUUUUUGUUGGCUGGGCUUUUCUAUUCUGCCAAAAUUGACGAGGAAAAGCUGGAUUAUUCUAUCGUCUUCGAAGCGAUGGCAGACAGACUAACCCAGCUUCAGGACACGGUGAAUCAGCAAGCAGAGCACUUUUGUAACAGCAUCGGCAUACUGCAGCAGGGUUCGGUCCCGAGCAAGUUUCCCGGCUUCGAGCGGACCGGCUCGCAGACACCGCAGCAAACGCAGCAGGAGGACUACGCGCAGCUCUUCUCGACGCUGAUCUCGCGCUGCGCCAAGGACAUUGACACCCUCAUCGAAUCGCUGCCGAGCGAGGAAAGCUCGAUCGAGCUGCAGGUGCAGGCGUUGAAGCGGCUCGAAGUGGAGAACCAGGACUCGGCGGAAAAGCUCGAGGAGGUCGUCCGCAAGGGGGAGCUGCUGCUGGAGAAGAUCCAGGCGGCGCUCAGCGAUAUCGCGCAGUCCCAGCUCGACAUGCAGUAUUCGUCGUCGCCGAAAAAGCAGUGAUCCAGGAAGUGGGAGCAGCACGGAAAAGGGGCCAUUUCUCACGGGGUUCCACGAACGGAAAACGACAUCAUGGGUUAGUUAUUUUCGGUUUCUUUGUUUUUUUUUUUGUAUCAUUAUGUUCUUACGUAUCAAUUAAACUAGUGAUUAAUAUUUACACUUAAUGAACACUUAAGAGAAAAUACCUACAGCUUAACGAUAAGUUGGUUUAAAAAAAGAAGAAACGAUAAAGUGAAA